AAAAGAGACGAAGGGUUCUGUGAUAUGGCCAUAACCAAAUUUUUACGAAAAUUCUGAUGGUUAUAAUCAAUAUUAACUAAUAAUAUAAUGUCUGCUUUAAAACGUGUCCAGCAAUGGGCAACAUUUGCAAGAAUAUGGCACAUAUACGAUGCUGCUUGGCAAAAUCCCUUCCAGUCGGCGAAGGUAAUAAAAACUUUUUUAAUGGGCUUGCACAAACCCAUCUACCACCCCAUGAAUGAUUGUGGGGACCAUGUAAUUGUUAUCAAUAGUGCAGACAUUGCCCUUCCUGGUGACGAGUGGAAGAAACGCGUGUAUUUUCACCACACAGGUUAUCCUGGGGGUGCGUCGUGGACAUUAGCUUGGGACUUGCACAGCAAAGACCCCACUAUGGUACUGAAAAAAGCUGUUUAUAACAGUAUGGAUGGAAAUUUGCAAAGGCGUUACACAAUGGAAAGGUUGCACAUUUUUCCUGACACAAAUGUCCCUAAACAAUUGUUGGGUAAUGUGUCGAACCAAAUAAAGCAACUAAGACCUGUUCCUAAACGAUUGGAUCAUUACACUGAAGACGAAGUAACAACUUGCCCUAAAAUUAUCGAUUAUCCAAAAGACUAUGUUUAUAGAUAAAUCAUUCUAAAAUAAGCAGUGAAAGUAUUAGAAUAUCAUACUAACUGACACUGUCAUUGUACUAAGUUUUACAUUUCCCAAUAAAUCAUGUUUCCU